AUGCCAAAGCCCUUCUUCUUCACAGGCUGCUUCUGGGAUCAGGGACAUCUGUACCAGGCUGACCAGAGCUUCUCUGCAGAUGGACUGCCCUGCCUCAAUUGGCAGGAAUUGCAAAGCCAGGGGACAGAGACUCUCACCACUGGGGCGGUCCCAGGCCGGACAACCAUCUGGGAGAACCACAGCUACUGCCGGAACCCUGACGCGGACGCAGCCGGGCCCUGGUGCUACGUGAGCGGCUCCUCGGGAGCCCUCGAGAAGCGGCGCUGCCAGCCUGUCCCGUGCGCAGGGACCCCCACUCAGGAAACGUUGCCCCUCACCACUGACGCAGAGGCAUCUCAGGAAAGCCCCGGAGCCGAUGGGGAAGUCUUCGAGGUCGCAGACUCUCUGCCCCCUAACAGUGAGUCAGCAGCCGUGCAACCAGUGAUUGGGGUCAGCCAGAGAGUGAGGAUGUCAGAGAAGAAAGACCUUGGGAUGAUAGGCUACGUGCUGGGAAUCACCAUGACGGUGAUCAUCAUUGCCAUUGGCGCUGGCAUUGUCCUGGGCUAUGUCUACAAGAGGGGGAAGGACUUCAAAGAGCAUCGUGAACAGAAAACCUAUGAGCGGGAGAUGCAGCGUAUCACCUUGCCCUUGUCUGCCUUUACAAACCCUGCGUGUGAGAUCGUGGAUGAGAAAACCAUUGUGAUUCACACCCACCGGACUCCUGGGGAGGACACAAAGGAUGGCAGUGCCCCCCUCAUGGGCCAGGCUGGCACGCCUGGCGCCUGAGCUGGUGGCCAGUGGGUAGGAAUCUACACUGACACUGACCUUCCCAAGUAGGGAAUGGCCCUCGUCUUCUGUCACAGUGUUUUUUGGGUGAAUUCCAGAGACAAAGGACUAGGGGGAGCCCCGCUUCUCUGGUAGGGCCAUCCCUUGGGGCGGGACUUUGCCCACGGAGAUGACUGUAGCAACAGCUGUAGGGGUGCUGUCUGCAGGGACUUCCCACAGAACUCAAAUGGGGGACAGGGUGGCCUUUGUCCUAGCCCCACUUACUCCCUUUGUGCUCUAGAAUUCCACAUGGCCUUGGCUUCCUCCCUGUCCUUGCCUGGAGAGGUGUGAAUGGCACAUACAGACUGUUACCUUGUAUUUCAGGAAAAACGAGAGCUUCAUUUGCAUCAGGGUCAGUUGGUGAGUUGGGGCCUCUCAGCUGUGUUUGUGGUCCCUCAAGGCUGAGUGCUAGAAACGGAGGGGGGGCCAGGUCUGUUUCAGGGUAACUGCAGCCCAGGGCCAAUACUCUUCCGAGCCCAAAUGAAAAGGAAGAGAAGAAAUGUACUGAACGUUCCAUGUAGACUGAGGCCUGAGCCAGGUACCUUAGGCCAACACAGGUAGUCAGAGCUAGAAGCUCUGGACUGAGAGAUGGCAGGAAACAAUGACAAUAUUUUAGGAUUCACAAUUGUCCAAGGAACCAGAAAUGUUGUCCGUAAUUCCAUUGCUGGAUCCUUUAAAUGUCCCCAGGAGGACAAGCAGAUGGGGGCUUACACAGCAGGGUUCUUUGGGGCUCGCCAAACUGUGCCCCUCCCCAGCCUCUGAAAGUCCCUGACUGCACAGGACGGUGGCAGAGGCAGGCUCGCUCCCACAGGGUCAGGGUCUCCAAUCCCUCCUCCAAGUCUUUCACUGCUCCUCAUAAGGCCUUAGGAGGAAGGGAGGGACUUCACCAAACCCGCACCUUCUCCCCACCCCCAAAAUCCAAGUGGCUCGGUGUGUGAGUACGUGUGUGAGUACGUGUGUGUGUGUGUGUGUGUGUGUGUGUGUGUGUGAAUGCACCAGCCCUGGAGUGGUGGGCAGCUCCCGUGGAAGAGCUGACCUUGCCAUCCACCUGCCUGGCUUGCAUGUGCGCUGCACACCACAGACACCGCUGGGUUAGUGGUUCUGACUUUUUUUUUAACCAUUUCUGUGUGUUUUAUAUACCUCAUUCUAACACCCGCACACUGUAGGCAGGAAGCCACUCUGGUUUCAACUUGGUAAAAACACAUUAAACAGGACAAAACUCA